AUGCGGUAUCAAUUCAUUUCGCGUCGGAAAGUUUUGAAAGCUGAACCCACGCCGGAUUAUCCACCCGCCCAUAUUCAUCUGCUUCCCCCAGAAAUCCUUACAGAGAUUUUCGGACAUGUCAAUUCAAAGCCCGGCCUUGUCAACUUGGGUCAAACAUGUCGACGAUUUCACCAGCUUACAGUCAAACACAUCUAUCGUGAGCUUGAUUUCAACGCUAUCAAGUUCAUAGAAUUUGGGAUCAAUCACCUACCUUUACCAAAAAAAAGAGGGAUCAAAGAGUCCAGCUCCUGUAUCAACGUUAUAAAGCUGAUAACAAUAACUAAACCACCUAUACCAAAUGUUCAGCGAUCCAUAAAAAUAGCUGGGUCCUACAAUAUUGAAACCCUGGAUGACAAUCUGACCUACAAUACGUUUGUGCAAGUGUUUCGACUGUUGCUUACUGAGUCAUACAGUAUCCAAAAAAUCACCCUAGAUGAAGUUGCACCUAAUUUUGCAUUUCCAUCUGACACAUCACGAAAAUCAUCUUCAUCAGUCUUUCGCAAACCGUCAAAGCAAAUACGACGGCAUCUUCCACAUUUGACACUCAAAACACAAUCGGGAUGGACGUUACCCGCUCGUCUCAAUCAAUUUUCUGCUAUAUUCGACUAUUUCGAUGAGAUUGACCAUUUGGAACUCGUUAAUUUCAUCAUCGACGAUGAUUUCGACAACGCAACCAUCGUUAAGACAGCCGUUAUUAAAAAGGUAACCUUUUCGGGUUGCAAGUAUUCUGCCAAAAAAAGAAAAGUAAUUCCCUUGCUUUCGAGUUGCAAUACUAUUUCACUCGAGCGGAUCGGAGCUCAACGUGACUUGUCUUUGAUUGACUACGUAAGGGGUCUGACGGAUUCACUCCUGGAUUUGGAAAUUGAUAUGGAUUCGGCACUAUUCUAUAACAUCAUCGGGGGGAAUAAGGUCCUCAACUUUUCGAAAUACAAUCCAUUCUUUAGACUUGUUUGUUCAGGCGAGGGUCGAUACGCUACAUUAAAGCAUGUAUUCCUCAAAAAUUUCGACAUCUCUACGUGUGUUGAGAAAAAUUUCCUCGAGCAGGAUGAUUGGGUGAUUGAUGAUCAAGGCCUUGGGGGCUUUUUGCGCGAUAUGGGCAUUGUCAAACGUUUGACCAUCCAGAUCAAGUCUAACAAGGUCUGUCUCAAGUGUGGCCACAUCAACGAGGAUGCAAGCGUCGAGCACAAAGUAUGGCAUAAGAUUUUCAAGCAACUUGAGGGCACCAAUUUAACGAUAUGGGGUCCCAAUCGUUUAAUUUACAAGAAUUUUUCGACAAUUCUGUGA